UUUUAUAUUCUAUAUUUUCAGGAUAAUAUUACUUCCUGUUUCUACCGGAAGUUGGCAAAUAAGUAGUACGUGUUUGGGAAAGGAUUGAGAAAGUCUACGGUAGAUCUAUUGCUAACGUAACAUAAUCUACAUAAAGUACCAGGUAGUUUGCAGCUAUGGCAACGAUCGCCGAGCCACAGAAUGAUGGAAAGGAGUCAAUCGUUGAUGACUUUAUGUACGGUUCAAAUGUAGCUUCUUCACAUGUAUAUAUCCGUAUGGGUUUCCUGCGGAAAGUGUAUGGCAUUCUCACCACACAGAUACUCGUAACUACCAUAGUAGCAGCAUUGUUCAUGCUGAACGAGGGAUUGGAAAAGUUUGUAAAGACAAAUCAGUGGAUGUUGUUGGUGGCCUUUAUUGGGACGAUAGGCGUUCUGAUGGCCCUGAUGGUGAAGAGACAGGAAACGCCAACAAACUACAUUCUCCUUGGAAUAUUUACGCUGUUUGAAGCCUAUACAGUCGGAGUUGUUGUUACGUUUUACCAAGUACACAGUGUCAUUGAGGCCUUUGUUUUAACGCUGGCUGUAACCACAGCUCUCACAGCAUACACGCUUCAGAGUAAACGGGACUUCAGCUCAUGGGGAGCAGGGUUGUUUUCUGCUCUGUGGAUUCUCAUCAUUGCUGGAUUCCUACAGAUAAUAUUUCCGACGGCAAUGAUGGACAAGGCUAUUGCUGUAGCAGGCGCUCUGGUCUUCUCUCUCUUCAUUAUUUUCGACACUCAUAUGAUGAUGCACAAGCUGAGUGCUGAAGAGUACAUUGUCGCGGCGGUGAACCUCUACUUGGACAUCCUCAACCUGUUCCUCUACCUCCUCAAACUGUUUGGAGAGCGCAGAAACUAGUUCACAAGAAUGUAACAACUUAAGCUCUUUAGGCAAUUUCUCUACCUUCUGUUUGAGGAGUGCAGGAAAUAAUGUAGUUUUCUUACUUCCUUUUACAUCAGAACUUUGUUAGCUCAAUAGCACACUGAUUUGUUAUGUAAAGCAUUCAACAUUCAAAUUGAUUUUUCAGAGAAGAAAGAAGCAUAUAUAUUACAUGUUUGGAUAUAAUAUAUAUUACAGGUUUGGAUACAGGUAUAUAGAAACCUGAAGUAUAUUCAGAAAAAAUUAAUCGGUACUUUCUGAUUUAUCAAGGUUAACAGGGUUCAACUUUAUGAACUAGAUAUUAAUCUGUUUAUUGUGUAAUCUUUGCAGAUUAACAAAUAAGCCUGGUUUGUUUAGUGCAAGGAAACUGAUGCUAGAGAGUUUUGGUUGAUAUCUUUUCAACGACCAAGUUUAUGUUUGAGAAUGUUGUACAAAAUGUGUAUUAGUUUUGAUAUAUAUAUUAAAUCUUUUGCACAUAUAGGGCUGCCUUCAGUGAUUAAGAAGAAUUGUCUUUUCAGUCAUAAAGGGCGUACUCUUACUGAUCAUAGCCCAGGUAUUGUACCUUCAAACUAAACAGUGAUUUUCUGUAAAUUUUGGGUAUUUUCAAGAUAUACAGUACAGGUUGACUUGGUAUAUCGUUGUUUCAGAGAAAACCAUCAGACUGUCUUACGAGCGACACUUGUUAAAUGUAAGGUAUUAUGUCACCUUCUCACUUAGAUGUGAAAUUGUCAUCCUGGCCUUUAUAUUACAGAGAAGACAUGGUCAAGAGAUCUUUGUACAAAUGUGAUAAUGUGACUUGUUUAAUAAUGUAAUUCUAUAUGAUAUACUAUUGUAAUAAUUGUAAGUACAUAAAGGUGUGGUGCAGCCACCACAUUGAUUUGGCCUCAUUGUGUAAAUUAGUAGCAUCGUUUGGACUGGUAUGAUGACUUGAUCAUUAAUACAUUUCUGGUAAUUGGUCAUCUGUUGUGGGGCAAGGCUUCAUAUUCAUUCAGGAAUAGCAUUUUUUUUUUUUAAAUGUCUACAUAUUCCAGCCAAUGACGUGUAUCAUAUACAGUGUACCAGGGUAUCAUGUUUUCCGGCAUUGUCAUCAGUACAACCAAAUUGUUUUAGGAUUGGGGCCUUUGUGAUUUCAGACUCAUUCUUCUUAUUAAGAUUAAAAUCCUCUACAUCUUAUCAUUUUGUAAUUAUGAACUUCGUGUUGGAGAUGAUACAACAGACAAAAGGGACUAUAAUGGUGGAGGAAUUAUCAGUACCCCGAGACCUUUGUAAAGAUUUAGCUAUCAACCUAUACAUAAUCAAUAUCAAGGAUAAUUAUAUAUGUUUCAAAACUUUAUAUGGGGGACUAAUAUCAGCUUGCAAGCUAUCUUUAAAAGGUAAGUUGUAUGGAUUUGUAAAUACGUCAUGAUGGUGCUGUGAUAUGUGUAUGAUAAUUUUUUUUAUCAGAUAUAAAUCCAAACAAAAAAAGCACAUCUACAAUGUAUACUCAUUUUCAGCUUUCUUCAUCUAUAAAGUACAUACAGCAUUGUGUGUUAAUAUUUUAUCAACAUAUAUAAAUUAUGUUUAUGGUAAAUUUCUGUUUAUAAGAAAAAAAAUUUGAUAGAUAUGGAGACUGCCAUUUUAGAUCCAAAAUAAAACGUGAAAAAAAUGGAAUAAUUGGUCUAGUCUCGUUUUGACACAGUAAGGAAGUUGAGGUUAUUUUCAAAUCUGUUUUGCUAUCCAGCAAGACUGAGGUGUUGAAGUUGAUUACUUAUGUAAUUAAUUAAUUCCAUUAACACUGUACUAACAAAAACUUUAGCAUAGGUUUAACCAGUUGCAAUUUAUUUAUGAACAUGAUAUAUCAAAAUUAUUUAUCUAAAUGAAUAUAAAUGUUUUAGUUGAAAUAUAGAAUUGUCAAAUCUGAUGUUUUUGUUUUGGUGAGUGUAAUUUUGUUCCUGAUAUUCCAGGUUUUAUUCUGUUUGUUUAUAGGUCUUAUUCUCAAGGCUAAAGAAAAAAAUGACAUUUGCACUUUAUUUCAUAAAAAACUAUAUAUACAUUGGUUAAAUCUGUGAUGAAGUUUAUUGAAUCUAUGUUGUAUUGGUUUUACAUGUAAUGUGUUAUUUUUUUGUAUAAUCAGUUCCAUGGGGAGAAUAAAAUUAAAACAAAUA